CCACGUAUACACACUUAGCUUGAGAUUCCGCAUGCUUUACAGACGUGACAUUGCGACGAGCUUGAUGGCAUAAAAAUUCAUUCACAACGAACACGAUUUGGAAAAAAAAUAUUUUGAUUUGUUCGAAGAACAAUUCUGUCUUCUUUCAGAACCAUGAUUCGAGCUGCAAAGGAUUAUCUGUUCUUCUUUGUCAUUGGAUUAUCUUUGGCAAGUUGUUCGUCCUAUGACCACAGGGUACGAUACAGGGGAAGCAACGAAGUAUGGGAAGGAGACCGCUUCGAGGUCUCCUGCAUCGUGCCAUUUAGUGACAGAGAAGGUUGGACCAUCAACAGUUCUAUCGCCAUCACGGAUGACAACGACUUCAGCUACACCCUGUCCGAAAGAGAGGUGGACACAUUUCGACAAGAAUUGACUCUCCAUGUGCGGUCCGCCCAACUGUUCCACGAGGGAGAAUAUAGGUGCAACAGGGACAGCAGAGACUUCCACUAUGUCAAAAUCAUUCCAGCUUCAGCAGGUGUCCACGAAAAAGGAUCUCGGAAAGAAUCUGCUCCUCCAAAAGCCACUAAUGAAUAUAUCCUCGAGAUAAACAAAACAGUAGAAUUCUAUUGUUCGUCCGCCAGGGAUGAUAAUACCCCUGUCAUGUGGUAUAAAAACAGUAGACCAAUCGUUGAGAAUUCAGAAUCGAACAUCCUGAUUGCCGGCAGGACCCUCCUCAUUCAAAAUGCUCAAGAAGAUGACGCAGGGCAGUACAUGUGCAGUGUGGACACUUCCUUUGUCACAGGUUACACGGAAAUAGGAAGGAUUUUUCAUUUGAACAGUCCCGCAAAGAUACUGAAUUUCCCCAAAAAAGAAAGUAUAAUCAAAGGGAGAACUCUGGAUCUUCAGUGCCAAGCACAAGGUUACCCGCCACCGAAGGUCACGUGGUACAUCGGUAACUUGAUGGCCUCUCAGUUGAAAGAAACGGAUUUCCGAAUUUCAAUCUCGACUAUUUCUUCCAGAUUGACAAAUUCUUCUUUGAUCGUGCGAAAUAUGGAUGUACCUGACAGAGGUCUUUAUACUUGCAGAGCUGAAAAUUCCAUCGACUCGGGGUUAACCACCAGUUACAACGAAGAAUCCGUCUUCGUCCAUGUUAGAGAAAACAUGAUUGAAACAAAUGAAGACUAUCCAGGCAUUGGGAAAGUAUUAACUCCUGGAGAACCAUUAGUUUUGCAAUGUAAUACAACUGAAUGUCCACAUUGUACUGUAGUAUGGUUUAAAGAUGGAAAGCCUUUGCAUUCCAUUCGAGAUCAUUUAGAAAUCCAUGAAAACAAUAAUUCCAUUACUAUUGACCAUGCAUCAUAUAAUGAUUCUGGUGUCUAUGUCUGUGCAAUAGAUAGGAAGCAACUGGAUGUGGCCUUAAAUGCUACUAUUGUUGUACAAUCUAAAAUAAAGUUAGAAAAAUUUGAUGCCUCUUCUGUAGUAGUUGAUGGUAGCCCAUUAGAAAUAUAUUGCAAUGCUAAGGCAGCACCUCUUCCUUAUAUAAGAUGGUUUAUAGGUGAGCAAGAAAUAUUUGAUGAUGAUAAAAGAGUAAAAUUAUUAGAUCAUGAUGGCCUUAAGAGAGGCAAGCUGUUAAUUGAAGAAGCUAAUUUUGAUGAUAGAAAUCAUUAUACAUGCGAAGCUUAUAAUCAACUUGAUUCUGUUAACACUACAAUUUUUAUACGAGUCAAGGAUAAACUUGCUGCAUUGUGGCCUUUCCUUGGUAUCUGCGCUGAAGUCGCUAUAUUGUGUUCAAUUAUUUUUGUAUAUGAGCGAAGGAAAAGUAUGAAUCAAUGUGAUGAACCUGAUACUGAUCUUCCUGCAGAUAACAAACAACGUGACCAAAAAAGAACAGGACAAGAUGUGAGACAAAGAAAAUAGACUUGAAAAAGCUCACUUAGUUUCGUCGUGAUAUUUUUGGAAUUAUUUCUGUCUUCUGAGUUGCAUUUGUUUUUCGUGAAACCAUCUCGUAUCAUUUUGUCUGUGGUAUGAAAUUUCCUAUAUGUAUCACUUGGAAUCUCAUAAUGUGUAUUUGUAAUGAAUUUAUAGAUUUAGAGUUAAUUAAUUCGAUUAACAAGAGAUAAGUACAAUUUUAUUUUCGAUUUUUACCUGAGACUACAAAUAUGCAUUUUCUGAUGCAUAGUAACAACGAGAAAUUUAGCAAUGUGAGUUAAAUGUCCUGUAUGUUGAAUUAGUCUGUGUGUGUAGUGUAAAGGCCUACAGAACUCUAUAGAGUACUAUUGUUCUUGUGUGUUGAUGUUAAAAUGCAAUAAAUUACUCCUCAUAUAAUGCUCACUUCUUAAAAAAAGUAUUUUCUUACAGUGAGACCAUCUUUAGUUUGUGAAUAGACUUUGGAGUGCAAUUUGCAUUUGAUUUUAUUUUUAGCUGUUUGAUAUUUUCAUUUCCAUAUUUAUCAUGGAAAAUUUUUUUGCCCUAGGCAGAAUUUCAUGUGUUUGGUUUUAAGAUUAUUAACAGAAGUUACUGCUGUUGUAAACUUAAUCCACUCUCCUAUCCUCCCUUUUUUGCUCUUUUCAUUGCAUUUUGAGUCCCUGAACAAUUAUUUUAUUGCAUGACAACUUCAUUUAGAAAAUUACUUGAAAUAAGAUGCAGCUCUAAUUAUUAUUAAUUUUAUACUAAUUCCAAGUUAUCAAUGUUCUUUAGGUUGUCAAUUUUCUAGAGUCUUUCAUUUAAAGACUUAAAGAAAAUUAUUAUAAGCAUUUCUUAAAAGAAAAUGGUUCUGCUAAGCUAAGGAACUUUAAAUUCUUUCAACAUUUUUUCACAAUCAAUUAAUUUAUUUUAUCUCGAUUUAUCUCUGGUUCAACCUUUUAAAUGUGAAAUAUCAGGUUCUUAUAGAAAGGAAAUCUCAAUCAAAUUAAUAAUAAAAAUAACCUUUUUGAUCCAUUAUUACUCCUUCCAGCAUAGUAUAGUAUGAAAUUAGUGCUGUCCCAUGAAAAGAGUGCUUUGAUUAUUAAAUUGUUACAUUAAAAGCAAUAAUUUGUUUUAUAUCUCUUCUAUUAGUUAACUUCCUUUUAUUGUAUGUCAUAAAUAUGUAUUCUUUAAAAUAUUGUUACUUUUAAUUGUCUAAAUUUUCUUUCAUUCUCAAUGUGUUAAGCAGCAGCAAGUACUUCUGAUUUUAAAAUGUGCAACUAAUUAGAUUUUAAAACUUUGUUUUAUUGAUAUUUAUUUUGUAAUAUCUAGUCCAAAGAGCUUCAAAAAGUUUAUACAACUUUGUUUUGUUUUUAUUUUAAUUAUUGUUAAUUCUUUAUUUAAUGUUUUAGUUUUAUGAAAUGAUUGUUUUGAAAUUGCGAAUUUCUUUGUUGCAAAGGCAAUAUAAAACGUCAAAGUACAAUCAUUACAAGAAAUCUCUUUGUUUAAA